UUUUCUUUUUCUUUAAUCUACAAUUUAAUUUUUUAGAUAGAUUACUUCUUUACUUUAAAUCUUCAAUUUCUGUUUGUUUAAAAAUGGCUUCUUCUUAUGAUCGAGCAAUUACUAUUUUCUCACCAGAUGGUCGUCUCUUUCAAGUUGAUUAUGCGCAGGAAGCUGUUAAAAAAGGCUCAACUGCUGUGGGCGUUAAAGGGAAGGAUUGCAUUGUGAUUGGCGUUGAGAAGAAAUCUGUUCCUGUUCUUCAAGAUGACCGCACAAUUCGGAAGAUACACAAAUUGGAUGAUCACGUAAUGGCUGCUUUUGCUGGUUUGAGUGCAGAUGCUCGUGUUUUGAUUGACCGUGCCAGAGUUGCUUGUGAAAAUUACAAAUUGACUUUGGAGGAUCCAGUCACACUUGAGCAUAUCUCCCGCUUUAUUGCGGACUUGAAACAUGAAUUUACGCAAACUACAGGCCGUCGUCCUUUUGGUGUCUCUUUACUUGUUGGCGGUUUUGAUCCCGAUGGAACUCCUCAUCUUUUUAUUACUGAACCAUCCGGUGUGUAUUACGAAUUACUUGCUGGGUCUAUUGGCAGAAACGAGAAAGUGGUCAAAGAAUAUUUGGAGGAACACUACAAGGACGAAAAUGUUGAGAACGAAAAUUCUGCCUUGAAGUUGGUUAUUAAGGCCCUUAUGCCAGUGGUUCAGACGGGGGCGCGUAAUAUGGAGAUAUCGGUGAUGACACGUGACAACCAAAAUAACUGCGUACAGCGUGUCCUUACAACUACUGAAAUGGAGGCAAUUUUGCACGAGAUUGAAUCGGAAGCAAUGGAGACUGCUUAG